AUGGGGAGGCGGGGUCGGGGGAGGAGAGGCAGGGCGGUGCAAUGGGGAGGCGGGGGGCGGUACGAUGGGGACUGGGGAGGCAGCGGCGGGGCCCGACGUGAUGGGGAGGCAGGGACGACGGAGGAGAGCGGAGGCACGGGCGCUGCCGCCGUAGGAGGGAGGAGGCGGGGCCGAUGUGGGGAGUGGCGGUGGCUAUGGACUAUACGAGACCUAGAAGAAAGGAAGCAACAAACUUCGUGUCGAAGGCACUUGGUCCCAAUUCCCAACCCAACCCAACCCAACAAGCCAACGACUUCCACCAGCCAUUCCGCUCCGCCACUUCUCUCUUCCCCCCUCUUCCCACCACAGCAGAGAUCGCCGGCGAUGGCCGCGGCGGCGGCGGCGGCAGCGAGCCAGUCCCUGAGGAACCGGGAGCUCCUCGACGCCGUGGGAACCACCGCGGCGGCGCUCUCGCUCGCCGGCUCCUCCUUCAUCGUGCUCUGCUACCUCCUCUUCCGAGAGCUCCGCAAGUUCUCCUUCAAGCUCGUCUACUUCCUCGCCCUCGCGGAUAUGCUUUGCAGCUUAUUCAGUAUAAUGGGGGGCCCAGCAAACACAUUCUACUGCUUUGCGCAUGACUACAGUGCACACUUCUUCUGUGUGGCGUCUUUUCUAUGGACAACCACUAUAGCAUUCACUCUUCACCGCACAGUCGUCAAGCACAAAACUGAUGUUGAGGAAUUUGGAUUCAUUUUCCACCUGUAUGUAUGGGGAACUUCACUAGCUACCACUGUAUUACGUUCAAUAGGAAGUGAUAAUGGAAGACCAGGUACCUGGUGUUGGAUCCAACAGGGAAGCACGGGAAAGAUCUUACACUUGGUAACCUUUUAUCUUCCACUUUGGGGUGCCAUUCUCUACAAUGGGUUUACAUACUAUCAAGUAAACCGCAUGCUGAACAACGCGACACGGAUGGCUGUUGGCAUAAGUGACCGAUCUAUUCAAUCUGACAUGAGGGCAGACAAAAAGGCAUUUAAUCGAUGGGGUUAUUACCCUCUGAUUUUGAUAGGUUCAUGGGCUUUUGCAACAAUCAACCGUCUGUAUGACUUUGCUAAUCCAGGCCACAAGAUAUUUUGGCUGUCCAUUCUUGAUGUCGGCUUUGCUGGACUUAUGGGCCUUUUUAAUUCCAUUGCUUACGGGCUCAACUCUUCAGUGCGCAGAGCAAUUGCAGAAAGAAUUGACACGUUUCUACCGGAGAGUGUUAAAAGGAGCCUUCCUACUCUUUCAAGAUUGAGAAGUCAACAAGAAAAUGAAUUGACUUCUCUUAUUGUUGAGAGUAAUAACAGAAACAAUAAUGCUGCCAGUAAUACCUAGGAGUUUUCUAGCUUCCUGUGUUUGUUCAUAUCUUUUGGGCCCUUUUUUUUUGGAAAAUGGUGUAUUAGUGUAUCAUUUACAUCACUGUAGUGGCAGACGCUUAGUGCUUAGUAUUGACCAUUUGGCAAAUUCCGUUGUUCCCGGUACAUAAGAGGUUAGGAGAUAGCCAACAGUGGGUUAGAUACUCAUGUUCAUCUGUAGCCUGUAGAUAAGUUUGUGAGAUUGUCGUUCUUCCCCUCCCUCUGUUGUACUUCCUGAAGUCUUAGUCUAAUCGCUUACAUGCUAUGUACUGUACACCUUAGACUCUUGUAAACUGGCAUCUUCUAAUUACAGUGUGGGUAAUUUCAUCUUACUGGUUAAA